CCGAACCGCGGGGCCCCCAGAGCGCAGCAGCACCCCCGAGGGCAGCGACGUCGCCGUGAGCCUCGGGGACGAGGGCCUGGAGCGGCCUCCCCGGACGCCCGCGGACAACCAGGCCCGCUGCUGCUACGUCUGUGGGUCGGCGCUGUCGCCAGCCUCACAGCAUCAGAUCCACGUGCAGAAGCAAGAGGCCCCCUCACAGGCGCCCUUCUUCCCCUUCCUUUGGCUGCACAGUCCCCCACCCGGCGCCCAGCCCAUCACAGAAGCGGGCAGCACCCUCGUGUGUCCCUGCUGCUUCUCGUCCCUCACGCACCAGUGGCAGAGCUUCGAGUUGGCCAACGUGCCUGUCCUGCAGCGGCUCUACGUGGUUCCCCUGAACAGCCACGCCCCCGGCAUGGCCUCUAAGGCCCGCAGACUCCCUAGAGAAGAGGGGCCCGCCCCCGCCGCCGGGCUGCUGCGGGAGGCCUGCUACCUCUGCGGGGAAGACUGUACGCGGGAUGCCCGGUCAGUGCCCUCCCGCAUCGUCAACGGCAACUCGGGGAGCUCCAUGCACUUCCCCUUUCUCAGCCUUCUGCCUUGCCCACCCAACGCACGGCCCCCUAACAAGCGCUGUGAGGUUCGCAGCUGCCCCAAGUGCUACAGCGUCCUGGAGGACGUCUGGGCCCUGUACCGGGCAUCACACAACCGUGAGCUCAUCAGCUCGGUGCAAGGCUUCCUGGGCAGGUACCACCAAGCCUUCUCUGCUUCGGACCCUUCUCUGAGCGACCUGCCCGCUUCUGCGCAGGGAGGUCCGCCUGCCGUCUGUUACAUCUGCGGGGCUGAGUUGGGGCCGGGCAAGGAGUUCCAGCUCAGCAUGAACCCCGCUAGCCACCUGGGCGAGAAGGAGCCCUUCUUUCCUUUCCUCACCGUCUAUCCGCCGGCCCCGCGGGCCAGGCCUGCAGACUCCACCGGCCUGGUGGCCACCUGUGUGCUCUGCUAUCAUGACUUGCUGGGUCAGUGGCUGCAGCAUGAAGCCAGAGGUGCUCACCAGGGUGUCAGCGCCUGGUCCAGGCAGUACCAGGUGGACACAUUCGUGUGCUUCUUCUGUCAGCAAGAGAAGAAACGGUGUCUGGGGCUGAAGUCGGUGAGGGUGGCCAGGCUGCCCUUGUUCCUGUAUACCCUGAGAGCCAGCCAUAGCCUGUUGGUGGAUGACGGCCGGCAGCUGAUCAUUGGUGCCUGUGUGGAUUGUGGGACCCUGGUUUGUGCAGGUCAGGGGCUCGUCAGCCAGGCCCCUGUGGGCUGGAGCUCCCCAGCAGCAGGAGUAACAAAGGUCACCUCUGCCCCUCUGGAGACACCUACAAUUGUCCAUGCUCCUGCAUCAGAGCCUGAGCUACAGCCGGUGCCCCCCACAGAUAGUCUAUCCAGGGGCGCCAGGACCACCCAGGAGCUGCGGCCAGUGCCAAGCCAGCAGAGUAGCCGGGACAGCUGGGAUGGAGACGGAGCAGACCUCAUAGCCACAGGCAUGAGCCAUGAGCCCAAGUCCCCUUCAAUAGGGAUGCUUUCCACGGCGACCAGGACCACCGCCACCGUCAACCCCCUCACCCCCUCGCCACUCAAUGGCGCCCUGGUGCCCACCGGUAGCCCGGCCACCAGCAGUGCGCUGUCGGCCCAGGCCGCGCCAUCCUCCAGCUUUGCUGCCGCGCUGCGCAAACUCGCCAAACAGGCAGAGGAGCCCAGAGGGUCUUCACUGAGCAGCGAAUCGUCCCCUGUGUCCUCCCCAGCUACCAACCAUAGCUCUCCAGCCAGCACGCCCAAGAGAGUGCCCAUGGGUCCCAUCAUUGUCCCACCUGGGGGUCACAGUGUCCCCAGCACUCCUCCUGUGGUCACUAUUGCCCCCACCAAAACCGUCAAUGGAGUCUGGAGAAGUGAGAGCCGCCAGGACUCUGCCUCACGAGGCAGCAGCAGCGGUCGGGAGCGCCUGCUUGUGGAACCUCCUCUAGCCCAGGAGAAGGCGGCAGGCCCAGCUAUCCCCUCCCACUUGCUCAGCACCCCCUACCCCUUUGGCCUCUCCCCCAGCUCAGUUGUACAGGACUCCCGCUUCCAACCACUCAACCUCCAGCGGCCUGUACACCACGUGGUGCCCCCGAGCACUGUGACUGAGGACUACCUGAGAAGCUUCCGGCCCUAUCACACUGCCGAGGACCUACGCAUGUCCUCCCUGCCUCCGCUUGGCCUGGACCCAGCCACCGCUGCUGCCUACUAUCACCCCAGCUACCUGGCCCCGCACCCAUUCCCCCACCCAGCCUUCAGGAUGGAUGACUCCUAUUGCCUAUCAGCCUUAAGGUCUCCGUUCUACCCCAUCCCCACCCCUGGUUCCCUGCCUCCACUGCACCCAUCAGCUAUGCACCUGCAUCUCUCUGGGGUCCGCUACCCACCUGAACUCUCACACUCGUCCCUGGCCGCGCUGCACUCAGAGCGGAUGUCGAGCCUCAGCGCAGAGAGGCUGCAAAUGGACGAAGAGCUGCGGAGGGAGAGAGAACGGGAGCGUGAGCGCGAACGGGAGGCCGACCGAGAAAGGGAGAAGGAACGGGAGCGGGAGCGAGAGCAGCGGGAGAAGGAGCUGGAACGAGAACGGGAGAAGGAGCGGGAGCGGGAACUGGAGCGACAACGUGAACAGCGGGCGAGGGAGAAGGACCUGCUGGCUGCCAAGGCGCUGGAGCCCACCUUCCUGCCUGUGGCCGAGCUGCAUGGACUCCGGGGCCAUGCCACUGAGGAGCGGCCCAAGCCCUCAGAGCAGCUGACCCCAACCCGAACAGAGAAGCUGAAGGAUGUGGGCUUGCAGGCACCCAAGCCUGUGCAGCAUCCACUGCACCCAGUGCCUGCCCCGCACCAUACCGUGCCCAGCCUUAUCUCCAGCCACGGCAUCUUCUCUCUACCGGGAAACAGCGCCGCCACAGCCCUGCUGAUCCAGCGCACCAACGAGGAGGAGAAGUGGCUGGCACGCCAGCGGCGGCUGCGGCAAGAGAAGGAAGACCGCCAGUCCCAAGUGUCCGAGUUCCGGCAACAGGUGCUGGAGCAGCACCUAGACCUGGGCCGGCCCCCGGUGCCCACAGAGGUGGAACACAGGCCUGAGAGCACCAGGCCAGGACCAAACCGGCAUGACCAGAGCAACCGUGAACCCCCACAGCACUUUGGUGGGCCACCACCCCUCAUCUCACCCAAGCCCCAGCACCAUACUGUGCCCACAGCCCUCUGGAACCCAGUGUCUUUGAUGGACAAUACCCUGGAGACGCGGCGGGCUGAGAGCCACUCUCUGCACAGUCACCAGACUGCUUUUGAGCCGAGCCGUCCAGCGGCCGUGCCGCUGGUAAAAGUGGAGCGUGUCUAUUGCACGGAGAAGACAGAGGAGCCCCGGAAGCGUGAGGCCACACCACUGGACAAAUACCAACCACCACCGCGGGAGACAGGAAGUCUGGAACCUCAGACCUUUCCCCAUGGACCUGGGCCUUUCCUUGCGGAACUUGAGAAAUCAACACAGAACAUCUUGGGCCAGCAACGGCCCUCCCUUUCCCAGGCAACCCCCUUCGGGGAGCUCAGUGGGCCCCUGAAGCCAGGCUCGCCCUACUGCCACCCCACACCACGGGGCCCUGACCCAGCAUACAUCUAUGACGAGUUUCUUCAGCAACGCCGGAGACUGGUCAGCAAGCUGGACCUGGAGGAGCGCAGGCGGCGCGAAGCUCAGGAGAAAGGGUACUACUAUGACCUCGAUGACUCUUACGACGAGAGUGAUGAGGAGGAGGUCAGGGCACACCUCCGUUGCGUGGCUGAGCAGCCACCCCUCAAACUGGAUACGUCCUCUGAGAAGUUAGAGUUUUUGCAACUUUUUGGCUUGACCACCCAGCAGCAGAAGGAAGAGCUGGUAGCACAGAAGCGCCGGAAGCGGAGGCGGAUGCUGAGAGAGAGAAGCCCAUCUCCACCUGCGGUUCAGAGCAAGCGGCAGACACCUUCCCCCAGGCUGGCUCUGUCCACCCGCUACAGCCCCGACGAGAUGAACAACAGCCCUAACUUUGAGGAGAAGAGGAAGUUCCUGACCUUCUUCAACCUGACACACAUCAGUGCAGAGAAGAGGAAAGACAAAGAGAGGCUUGUUGAGAUGCUCCGUGCAAUGAAGCAGAGGGCACUGUCCGCAGCAGUGGCAGAUUCAGUGACAAACUCUGCGAGGGACAGUCCUACCAUCUCCCUGAGUGAACCAGCCACACAGCCAGCUCCUCUGGAAACCGAUCAGCCUGCCGGGGUCCCUGCCUCCGCGUCAGACGUCCCAAAGGCCGCGGAGACUGGGAGACUGGAACAGCUCCGGCCCCAGGAGCUCUUGAGAGUCCAGGAGCCAGCUCCUAGCAGCGGUGAGAAGGCCAGGCUGAGUGAGGCCCCCGGGGGCAAGAAGAGCCUGAGCAUGCUUCAUUAUCUCCGGGGCGCUGCGCCCAAGGACAUUCCUGUGCCGUUGUCCCACAGCAUCAACGGGAAGAGCAAGCCUUGGGAGCCCUUCAUGGCAGAAGAGUUUGCACACCAGUUCCACGAGUCCGUACUGCAGUCCACACAGAAGGCGCUGCAGAAGCAUAAAGGGAGCUCAGCUGUGCUGUCUGCAGAGCAGAACCACAAGGUCGACACGGCAGUCCACUACAACAUUCCCGAGCUGCAGUCCUCCAGCCGGCUCCCCCUGCCCCAGCACAAUGGACAGCAGGAGCCCCCAGCUGGGAGGAAGGGCCUCCCUAUGCAGGAGGUGGACCAGGACUCUGAGGACGAUGUUGAAGAUGACAGUGAUGAGGAAGCGGAGGAAGCCCCCAGGCGCCAGUGGCAAGGGAUUGAGGCAAUCUUUGAAGCUUACCAGGAACACAUAGAAGAGCAAAACCUGGAGCGGCAGGUGUUACAGACACAGUGCCGGCGGCUGGAGGCCCAGAACUACAGCCUCAGCCUGACUGCCGAGCAGCUCUCUCACAGCAUGGCGGAGCUUCGGAGUCAGAAACAGAAGAUGGUCUCGGAGCGGGAGCGGCUCCAGGCGGAGCUGGACCACUUACGGAAGUGCCUUGCCUUGCCCGCCAUGCACUGGCCUAGGGGUUACUUUAAGGGAUAUCCGAGGUGACGAUUUCCCUUGCACUAGGCUGAACCUAUAGCAUAGAAAUAUUAUCUAUUUUAUUACCUUGAAUAUUUAAUAUUUUUCACUGGGAGGUUUGAAGCUUACAAAUUGAGAACGUGCCAUGCAUGAAGCGAAGAAUUCCAGGCUCCAGCGAGGACAUCACCUUGACUCCAGUGUGAUCGAGUCACCCUGUCUCAGCUAAGACUCAGUUUCUCUUUCUGAUGGCGGUUUUAUUCCUUCUCCCCCCACAUUCUUUGUAUCCAGUACUGAUGCCCACCAUGCAUGUGGCUGAGGGAGAGCCAGUUGGUUGUUUCUGGUGUUGCUGUGCCGAGCCCAGCUUGCUCUUGCUGCGGCCCUGGGAGUGUUGACCCCUUCCUCCCAGGAGGAAGACUAACUUGCGCUGAGAAGGCUGGGUGUGUACAAGCAAAGGGCUCACGAUCAGUCACCUUCCUGCGCCAUCGUCAAAGCCACAGGUCCCAGGAGCAUGCAAGCCAGUCAAGGCUUCUCCCUGGAACAGCUAGAGGCAAACCCACACCCGAAGGUACCUUGUUUUCCUUGGGGAAGACAGUGGAGCUGUCCACUGAUAGCCCACUGACUGGAUUGCUACCGCUGUGUGUGGCGUUUUCAUACAAACAUAUGUUUUGAGAGAAAAGUCAAAGGUGCUUCAGCCUUGUACUGUGUAUAUAUUAAAAAAAAACAAAGUUUUGUAUGUUUUUAUUACUUUAAUUAUUGUUAUAAAAAGCCUGCCAUUUUUAAUAUGUGGUUUGGGGAAUUUUGUUUGUUUUUCCUGUUUGGGGGUUUCCUUUGUUUUUCUCGUUUUUGUUUUUUCUGGUUAAAAAAAAACCUGCUUCUAGUGUUUGUGCUGCUGCUGGUCAGGACAUUAAAAUGCUGAAGUUCCUUUUAGAAAAUAGAAGAACUCACCUGUGUCAUCCCACGGCAGGGCUGAGGGGCACCUGGGGCUGGGCUAGUCAUGUUCAGAGCAUGAGUGACCCCCAUGCAGCAGGAGCUGAGCUCCUGUGACAGGCACGGCCAUGGCAGAGAGCUCGGUACCAGGGAACCCUCAGUCAGGGUUGGCCAACAUGGAGGAUGGAGAGAGGAGGCUGAGCCUGCCUUCGGCCACCAGGCUUAAUGGUUGUACAAAGCAGCUUGCUGGCAGCCCCUGCCCAUCCGCCCCCUGCAGUUUGCUGUCUCCCUGCCAAGAAUCUUCUAGUUAUUAGCAAACCCAGAGAAGAAAGUGCCCCCAGUAUUGUCAGUCGUCAACAAGUGCGGCUUGGCACAGGAGCAGCAGGUGAGGGGCGCUGAGGUCUCUGCCCUACAGCCAGCGGAAGAGGGUCUGCAGGUGAGCAGAGGCUGCAUGCCCUGGGACAGAGCGUUACCGAGUUCCUAAUUAUAUGCUGCUUGCGCUCACACCUUAGUGUUCCUGUCCCAGUCUCAACUCCACACUGAUGACUGGAAGCUUUUGCUAAUCUGCUUGGUGUAAUGGCUUUGGGAAAAGUAGACCCCAUAACUUAAGGCACACAUACAGCCCCUUCUCCCCCAUUAUCUCACAGGAAUUCCCCUGAAUGAGUGUGACCCAAUGCAAGAGAACCUCCCAGGUGGGCCUGGGGCACAAGCUGAGCCACUGACCUGGCAAUGCCUAUGUCCCUUCCAAAUGCCCUGGCCUGCCUGUGGAGCCCUAAAUAUUCCCAUGCUCACAAGUAAAGUGACAAUCAGAACCAGGUACAAGCCAGUAAGGUGGCAGGCAAGCAUGCCACUCAUACCACAUACACGUGGUUCUCCCAUCCCACAUAGUCUGAGACACUGAUGAAGGUAAAAACACAGCACACUCGUCCAGGUACCACACAUAGUCCCCGGCGGCCUCUGCCAGUUUUUCCCCACUACAGAUCUGCUCUAGGAUGGACUGGAAAAUUAGUAUGUGCAUGAGAGUCCUAGUCCUUGCCCGUGUCUUCUCACUUCACCUCCAAGGGAUAACUGCCAUCUCUCCUGGCCGGGAAUUCACCAAGCUUGUGAUGAACCAGUCCAGUGUUAGAUCCCAUGGCUCCAUGUUUCAUCAGAUCAGAUUUGUUCCACAUCAUCAGAGCCAAACUGAUAAGGCCUGCCAUCACCCCAGAUGAGUAAGCUAGGACUGUCAACACCUAGUGGCUAGGUACCCAGAGGAGCACUGCCCUACGAGUGGGGAAUUGCAGCCAUGCUCACAGCACUGCCAAAUCUCAGUUAAACUGAACUGCAAACUAGAUGCCUCCCACCCCUGCCCUCAGAUGUCCAGAACCCAGCAUGGAGAUGGCCCGCACAGCAGGCUCAGCACCUCCGAGGUGUGCGGUAGCCACUUAGCAGCCGUCUGUGCUCUUUCAAGUACUCAAGCUUUGACUUCACUACUUGCCGUAGCCUGUCCCCACUGUCUGAUCCAGUGCUUAACUUCAACCCUAGAGGCUGCCUUGACCCGAGGAGGCAUCUCACAGGUUUUGUGCUUGUGUGUGCCCUAUGCCUCGCUGCUGGGGCAGUGGACCCAGGCAGGAGGGAGGACAGGUGCCUCGGUCACUCUGGGGGCAGUUUAGAUGCUGUGAAAUUAAACCCGUUCUAAGUGUACUUGUUUGAAUUAACUGUAUUGUAAUAUUAUUUGUUGAAUGUAGUAAUUAGGUAUUUAUGAAUAUAUUGCUGUAAUUUCUGACAACAUCCCAAAAAUAAAAUCUUCCUAAAUCA